CUUCUAUUGAUUAGGAAUGUUGGCUUGCAGCUUACAUAAUUUUCCCUCAUACCAAAAGAACAUGUGAGGCUUUCAUGAUUCCAAAAAGCAUUUUUAAUGCUUUUCAACUAAUGCAGCCCAAGUACCAUAUCAUAGGAAUGAAGCUCUAAAAUUUUGCAGUCUAAAACAAGGUCUAAACCUUGCAUACGUCAUUUGAAAUUUUCCCAAACCCUAUGCACCUUUAAUCUACUUCCACUAACAACUAUUCAAGAUUCAUAGGUGCCAUUAGGUCAUCAACCUAGUUUUCUUGCUAGUUUCAAAUCCAAAAAGUCAUGCAUGUUUCCAUUAUCAAUGAGGAUCUAGAGUUACUUUUUGCUAGAAUGCCCCAUUAAUCUCAUUGAUGAAGAACCUUCAAUUCCUUCCAUGGCAUAUAGGGAGAUUAGAGGGGUUUCUUUUUCAUUAACUCUUUCCUUGUCUUCUGGUUCGCAGACUUGAAUUCUUGAUUUUUUGGCAAUUCAAUAUAUUGCAAAUGCAUUCUUUGCCACUGAGGACAUUUAUGAUCCUAAGAAAAUUUCUUGUGACAGUAGAAGCAUAAAUUUUUGCUUUUGUGCUCUACUUAAUUAGUUGUAGAGAGAAUUUUAGGGAAAUUGGAGGUGCUUUUUGAGAAAGAGCUCAAAGAAGAGACUGAAGAAGAAGAUUUUUGAGAAGUAUAUGUGGCCUUCCCCUUCAAUUGGGUCCCACUAUAUAGUAGAGCAUUUUUAUAAGGUGGACACCUUUGUUGUGAAGGUUGUGAUGAAGCAUUCAAAAAUGUAGCCACCUAGAUAGAGCCCUUGACACUUGUUUUCUUCUCUACCUGUGUUUGUAGAGUUAUUUUCUACAUGCGCGCCAGCGAUUAUGCUUCUUGGAGGGUUCUUGGUUUGAGAAGCCAAAUAGGUUUUGUGUAAUCUUCCGAUAGUCCUUCUAUGUAUGCUUCAACCAACAAAUUUUGGCAAAUCCAAUUUACAAGCCACACUGUCAAACACGUCAUUAAAGUUGGCCAGGGAACCCUUCUGUUGCAAUUGCAUCAGAUCUCCCAAGGGUGUCUUGUAAAUGGGUCUAAAACAUUGUUUAAGGGCUUUGACAUAUUUGACCCAUGUUGGGUGUAUACCAAACCAAGUUAUUUUCAUAGACUUAUGCCAUGACCAGGCCUUCUCGUCUAAAGAAAUCAAUGCCGUUUUCACUUUGUUAUCUUCUGGGGUAUCAUCUAAUUCAAAAUGAUGCUCACAACCAUCCCAAAACAUUAGAAUGGGAUAACUUUGCGAAGUCCAUCUUUGUGAAUUGGGUAGCUUGUCGGUAGUCUUCUUGAUGACGAUGAUUGACUUCAUGUGGGCAAUGAUGGCCGUUUCUGCCAUUUCUACCACGCUGAUCUCUCUUGGUUAAUUCUUCCUCUCAAUCAUGCAUCAGAAGUUGGAUCUAGUUUGAAAGACCCAUUACUUGAUCAUUGAGCAUGUUAAUGGUGUCUAACUUGGUGAGUCUUUGCUCGACUUGGUGGAACCUUUCCUCCAUUUCUUGUUGGGUCUGAUUUCUUGUUUUUACCAUAAAUUGAAAGGAUGAGUAGUAGGGGAAAAAAAAGUUGCCAAGGAGCGUUAGCUUUGAUACCACUAUUGUAAAAUUGUAAUUUCAGAGGAUUAUAGGAAGAAGAUAGAUGAGAGAUUUAGAGAAGAACAGGAAUGUUAGAGACGAAGGAGGUUGAGAGAGAUUAGAGAGAGAGAGGAGAAAAGAGAUACUAAAUAGCACUAGAGUUUCAUUAAUCUGCCAUCGCUAUUCUAUAAUUCAAAUGUUAGAGUUUUUAUUGGGACUAACCAUUAAAACUAAAUCAACACAUAACAGCUAUUCCCCUUGUCAUCAUAACUAACCAGUCUCAAAAUUAUAAAAUCAUAACAGAAACAUAAUCUAAUAACUACAGUAUGUCCGUGCAAAUAUGCAAAGGUUGGACCUGUUAAUGGGAGUGAUCUUGUGGAGCACAAUGUUACUGAAUCUAUUGACUUUCUUGCAUGCAAUGAAACUUUUGCUUCUAUUGCAUCAUAGGGGGGAUGUUUUUAUUUACAGAUACACCAACUAUAGUUGGAUAUUUAUUGGAGUAUUUGUUUAUUCAUUUGCUCAACUAAUGAAUUUCUAUUAUUUUAAAUAACAUAUACUGAAGUAAUGGAUUUUCUCAUUGGACAUGUGCACAUCUAAAGGAUUUUUGUGUCUUGUUCUAUUCUUUCCCGAGGGAAAACUUAUUUUAUGCCUCUAAACUUUCCACCUUUUUUUCCUGCGUGGAUUCAGAAAUGCAUACAAUAUGGUGCUUCACAAAUUUGGUGAAAGGCUUUACUCUGGACUGGUUACAACCAUGACUGCACAUCUCAAAGACAUAGCUAAUUCCGUUGAAGCAGCUCAAGGGGAAUCCUUUCUGGAAGAACUUAACAGAAAAUGGAAUGAUCAUAAUAGGGCAUUACGAAUGAUCCGAGACAUACUGAUGUAUAUGGAUAGAACUUACAUCCCAAGCACACAUAAGACACCUGUUCAUGAGCUUGGGCUGAAUCUUUGGAGAGAAAAUGUUAUUUACUCCAGCCAGAUCAGGACCCGGCUGUUGACUAUACUUUUGGAAUUCGUACAAAGGGAGCGCACUGGUGAAGUUAUUGAUAGAGGGCUAACUAGGAAUAUAAUAAAGAUGCUAUUGGAUUUGGGUCCAUCUGUUUAUGCACAAGAAUUUGAGGCUCAUUUUCUUCGAGUGUCUGCUGAGUUCUACAGGGUGGAAUCCCAGAAAUUCAUUGAGUGCUGUGACUGUGGGGAAUAUUUGAAAAAAGCAGAGAAGCGACUGAACGAGGAAAUUGACAGGGUGAACCAUUACUUGGAUUCCAGGACUGAAAAGAAGAUAACAAACGUAGUGGAGAAGGAGAUGAUUGAAGACCACAUGCUUAGAUUAAUAAACAUGGAGAAUUCUGGGUUAGUAAAUAUGCUUUGUGACGAUAAGUAUGAAGAUCUGGGUCGAAUGUAUAACUUGUUCCAUCGCGUCGCUGAGGGUCUUUCAAAAAUUCGAGAAGUGAUGACUUCCCACAUCAGAGAAUCUGGCAAAGUGCUUAUUACUGAUCCGGAAAGGUUGAAGGAUCCCGUAGAGUUUGUGAAUAGGCUUUUGGAUGAGAAAGAUAAAUAUGACAAGAUUAUUAACCUGGCAUUCAACAACGACAAAUCAUUUCAGAAUGCUCUGAAUUCUUCAUUUGAAUACUUCAUAAACUUGAAUCAGCGUUCUCCAGAGUACAUUUCACUGUUUGUAGAUGAUAAACUUCGUAAAGGCCUGAAGGGUGUAAGUGAAGAUGACGUAGAGGUUACCCUUGACAAGGUGAUGAUGCUGUUUCGAUAUUUGCAGGAAAAAGAUGUGUUUGAAAAGUAUUACAAACAGCAUCUGGCAAAGCGGCUCUUGUCUGGAAAAACAGUUUCUGAUGAUGCAGAGAGAAGCCUCUUGGUUAAGCUCAAGACAGAAUGCGGCUACCAAUUUACCUCGAAAUUAGAGGGCAUGUUUAUGGACAUGAAAACUUCUGAGGACACGAUGCAAGGGUUUUACUCGAGCCACCCUGAGCUCGGAGACGGUCCUACACUUACUGUCCAGGUUCUGACAACAGGAUCUUGGCCAGCUCAGCCUAGUGCUCCAUGCAAUCUGCCAGCUGAGGUGUCUGCACUUUGUGAGAAGUUUCGGUCCUAUUAUCUUGGCACCCACACUGGCAGGAGAUUGUCCUGGCAAACAAAUAUGGGAAGUGCAGACGUAAAGGCAACCUUUGGAAAGGGCCAGAAGCACGAGUUAAAUGUCUCCACUUAUCAAAUGUGUGUCCUCAUGCUGUUCAACGAUGCCGAUAGACUUUGCUACAGGGAGAUCGAGCAAGCAACAGGGAUUCCAGCUUCAGAUCUGAAGAGGUGCCUCCAAUCAUUGGCUUUGGUUAAGGGAAGAAAUGUCCUCAGGAAGGAGCCUAUGAGUAAAGAUGUUGCGGAGGAUGAUUCAUUCUUUGUUAAUGACAAGUUCAGCAGCAAGUUAUACAAGGUAAAAAUAGGAACUGUAGUAGCACAAAAGGAGUCAGAACCUGAGAAGUUGGAAACUCGGCAAAGAGUGGAGGAGGACAGGAAGCCUCAGAUCGAAGCUGCAGUAGUGAGGAUCAUGAAAUCAAGGAAAUUCCUCGAUCAUAACAAUCUUGUAGCAGAGGUCACAAAGCAGCUGCAAUCGCGAUUCUUGGCAAAUCCAACGGAGGUUAAAAAACGGAUCGAGUCCCUCAUUGAGCGUGAAUUUUUGGAGCGUGAUGAGAGUGACAGAAGGUUUUAUCGGUAUCUUGCCUAGAUUUGGUUCCAAAGCUUGUUCAGUUUCUGAUGAGUAGCAGUGAGCCAUUAUAUUGUACCUCACACGCAUGUGAAGGUUGCAUUUCAAAAGCUCCAUUGGUUUUCAAUGUAAAUCAUAUUGUUGUACCUUAGAUUUUGUGUUUGAGCUUAGAGCUUAUCAUCUGCAUAACGUAGCAAACUAAUGUCCAUGGUCUAUUUGAGGAA